UCCUUCCUUCCUUCCUUCCUUCCUUCCUUCCUUCCUUCCAUACAGAGAGCAAAAUGGCAUUUGGGCCCCAAUCCGGAUCCUCUUCUCUUUGGGGCAGAGCAGGAGAAGACACCGCUCUUGCAAGACAUCAACGGGGAGAGAAGGGCUGGGUCUCCUUUGAGGAAGUGGCAGUGCUUUUCUCGGCGGAAGAGUGGGGCCUCCUGGAUCAGGGCCAGAAAGCCCUGUACAAGGAAGUCAUGCGGGAGAACUAUGGGAAUGUGGCCUCUUUGGGAAGAAGAUCCCAGAGAAAGGAGAAGCUCUAUAAAAGUGUGGAAUGUGGCGCACAGUUCGGCCUCUUCGAAUGCUUUAUGAACCACGAUGCGAUCCACACGGGACGGAAAGCGAAGCGGAGGAAAACCAUCACCUUGGAAAACAAAGUGGAGAUCAUCAGGAGAUCCGAAGCAGGUGAAGCGCCGUCUUCCAUCGGGCGAGCCAUGGGCUACGGCCGGUCGACCAUCGCCACCAUUUUGAAAGACAAAGGCAGGAUCAUGGCAUACGCAAAGGGCCACGCCCCGAUGAACGCCACGAUUAUCACCAAACGGCACAACAGCCUCAUGUUCGAGAUGGAGAGACUGCUGACAGUUUGGAUGGAAGACCAGAACCGGUGUCAUUUGCCUCUCAGUCCUGCUUUGGUGCAAGAAAAGGCCCGGAGCCUUUACGGCGACUUAAGAGCUGCUCGUCCAGCAAAGGAAGGCGAUUUCAAUGGAGAGUUUCUCGCGAGUCGGAGUUGGUUCAACCGCUUUAAAGAAAGAGCAAAACUGCAUCAUAUUAUGGUUCAAGGCGGAGCGGCGAGUGCCGAAGUCAAGGCCGCGAGUAAUUUCCCCGAGAUACUGAAAGGCAUCAUUGACGACCGAGGCCAAUUUCUGAACGUAGAUGAAACUGGCUCGUUCUGGGGGGAAAUGCCCGAGAGGACCUACGUGGAAGGUUUUGUGGAAAUAGAGCCACCGGUGAUGAUUAAGCAAGAAGAUUGGGACCUGGAAACUCCAAAAUUGAAAAGCUUUUCAACCAACGGGUUAGCGGAUGCUUUCCGUCUCAUCGAAGCAGGGAUGGCCAAGUUAGAGGAGCAGGAUCCCGACACGGAGAGGUUCGCCAAAGUUUUCCGUACCAUUUCCAAAGUUCUGAGAUGCUACAGGGCUAUUUAUGAUGAGGAGGAAAAAAAGAGUUCUGUGGACACCUCUCUUGCGGCCUCCUUCAAGAAAGAGACUCCAGCCACAAAAUGAGUCUCGAAUACUGGUCCCAUUCCUCUCCAACAAGCCCAUCACCCUCUACCAGGAUGGCUUAAGGUUAUACUGGACAGUGUUGGAAGAUGUUUGAGUAUUUACAUGCACAGAGGACACUAAAUAAUAUCUUAAACCAAAUAUCUUUCCAAGUAGAACUCCAUGCAUUUUUAAAUUUCGUUUUGGUGAGUCUAUCUGACUAUGGGCGGCCAGUACUUAGGCGAUCCCUCAUUGUCUGAGUAGGAUUGUCUUCCAAGAUCGGUGUCCUGGGGGUGGGUCCGGAGGUGACUGUGGAGCCAUAUUCUUGACCUGCAUGUUCUCCAGC